AUGGCGUUUUUAAGCCGUUCGCCGCCGUCCACGUGCACGGGCGUGAGCCAUCAGUUCUCGUUGAAAGAACACUUCAUGUCGAAAAGGUCCUCCACCUCGAGCGAAGGCGCGAGGAACGGACGAUUGGGAGUCGGGUCGUCGACGACUCGAAUCUCCUGCGAUUCCUCCGGGGCGAGAGGAUCUUCCUCUUCUGCAGGAGGAGAGCACCACAGAGACCACCACCACCAACGCGGCGACGAGAUGAAAACGGACGCGAUCAAAGAAGAAAGAGCGCAGCAACAGAGAGGCUUAGGUUCCGUGGACGAAGACCAACUUUUGGAAGAACACAAGCGAGAGAUGAUGCGAAACUCGUACGUGGACGCGCCGUUUCGCGUGCAAACGAAUUCGACGGCGGAGACGAUCGACGUGAUGACGUCGAAACGGGUGGAAGCGUCGUCGCCGAGUAAGUCGAGGUUGAGCAUGUCGAGGACGAGCGAGGAUACGAAUCGAGUGAACUUGGGGAAUACGAGAAUGGUGAACGUUCCGGUGAACGGACAACAACGGCAUCAACAACAACAACCGGGCGCGGUUGCAAAAGUCUCCGCACAAAACGUUACCGCGAUCGUUUUAGCCGGCGGUGCCGGUGAGUCUAACCCGAUGACGCGAAAGAGAGCGAUUUCGGCGUUGAGCGUGGGUGGAUCGUUCCGAUUAAUCGAUUUCCCAGUCGCGGCGUGCCUGAAAGCCGAGUUUGGCAAAGUUUUCGUUUUGACGCAAUACAACUCGAGAUCAUUAAACAACCACGUGACGAUGACUUUUUCGAAAAAUUCCGCCAUGGGCCGAUCGACAACGGAGGUUUGCGUGUUACCAAUGUCAGCGACGCCGACGAGAGACGAGUGGCCGAAAGGAAGCGCGGCGGCUGUGAGAGCGCACUUGGAAGCGCAGUCGUUUGACGUCGCCAUCGAACAAGGCGUGAGCAGUGGUCAAGGUUUGAUGAACGGAGCGGGGGUAGGAUUGUACGAUGAAGAGGCGUAUUUGGUGUGCUCGGGAGAGCAGUUGCACAAAUCUGAUUUCAACGAGAUGUUGAAGGCGCACAACGACUCUUGCGCGGCAAUUACUAUGAUGGUUCAAAGCGAACGCUGCCAUUCGAGCGCGUUGGAAAAAUCGCACUUACACCACGAUUCGAACCAUUUAAAAGUUGGUUUAACUGAAGUGACGACGAAAGGUGAGAAAGGCGUCGUCAAAAGGUUGCACGAAAAGCCGCACUUUUCGAACAUUUUUCGCGAACUCGUCGAUAAGGACGAACGACACUCGUAUCACAUCAGCACCGGGAAUUACAUAAUCUCCGCCGAGGCGAUGAAGGAGUUGUUGCUUUUGAAUCCAUCGAGAGAACGAGGAGAUUACUUCGAGUUUGGCGAGCACGUGAUUAAUCAAGCGAUCGAGCGCGGGAUGAAAGUUGUCGUACACAAGCACGAGGGGUAUUGGACGCCGUUGCGCUCGUUUUCCGAAUGGUUUCAAGCGAACAUCGAGAUGGCGAAAGGAGGUCCGUCGGCGGAGUUGAUCGCGUACGGGUCCGACCAGAAACUCAUCUCGAGAGCGAGAUAUUUACCACCGGCUAAGUUUAUUGGUUUUGCCAGAGUUCAAGAGUCGUUGAUUUUGGACGGUUGCGUCGUUAGAAGCGGUGAAAGCGGAUCGUUUAUUGAAUCCGCCAUCGUUGGUCCCACGACUCAAAUCGGUGAAAACGUUCGAUUGAAGAACGUCAUCAUCGUCGGGUCGCCGGAAGUUGUCGCGCAAACGGUUGUUGGUGAUAACACGGAAAUGGAAAACGUAGUUGUAGAUUCUUGUGCUAGCAUCGGGAAGGAUUGCGUGUUGAGAUGCAACGGCAAUGUGCAGGUGAGAGAGGAGUUACGAGGGAUGAUUGAGAUUGUGGACGGAAUCGCUUGCAUCUUGAAGGACGCAAAGAUUCCGGACGGAACGGUGCUUUAA